AUGGUGUCGUUCAACUGCGACGGCUGCGGCGAUGUCGUCAAGAAGCCAAAACUCCAACAGCACUACAACCGCUGCUACGCUCCCGUGACCUGCCUUGACUGCUCGAUGCAGUUCAACUCACCCAACGAGUUCAAGAGCCACAACAGCUGCGUCAGCGAAGCGGAAAAGUACGAGAGGAGUGUGUAUCGCGGACCGAAGCACCAGCAGCAGAAUGGCGGGACGCCGCAGAAGGGUCAGCCGCAGCAGGUCGGCACACCCGCACGAGCGCAGCAAGCCGUAGCGCCGCACGAGGCAACGCCUAGUAAGCAGGAGAUGACCGGAAACGCCAAUGGCAAGGCGAAGGGAGGCGAGGAGAAGGAGCAAGUAGCAUCUGAUGUCGCUGCGGAGUCCUCAAGCCCCUCAAAGAAGGAGAAGAAAGAGAAGAAGAAGAAGGACAAAAAGGAGAAGAAGGAAGAGACGGGGUCACCCGUAGGAGUCGACGAGACUGCAGCAAACGAUGACGCAGCCGAGUCUGAUGACGCCGAGGAGCACCUGCAGGACGACCCAAUGCAAGCCGCCGCCGAAGAGGAAAAGAUCAUCAAGCCACUCUCCACCUCCGAGCUGGAAGCCUUCAAGAAGAAGCAACGCAAGCUCGGCAUCAUCUACAUCUCUCGCAUCCCUCCCGGCAUGACACCUGCCAAAGUGCGACACAUCCUCUCCAAUUUUGGCGAGCUCGGUCGAAUCUACCUGCAGGACGGCAGCAAGCCCGGCGAGGCGAAGAAGAAACACGGAGUAGCGCACUACACGGAAGGAUGGGUGGAGUUCACCUCGAAGAAGGUGGCAAAAGCAGCCGCCGAAAUGCUCAACGCCCAACCCAUCGGCGGUCUCGCCGCAUCUAGCUCCAAGAAAUCCGGCUCAGGAGGUGGGAGCAGCAAGAUGGGUAAGAGCAGCAAGAGGUUCCAGGACGACGUGUGGACGAUGAAGUACCUCAAGGGAUUCAAGUGGCACAUGCUGUCGGAACAGAUGGCUCAGGAACGGGCGAGUCACGCAGCAAGGUUGAGGACGGAACUGAGCCAGUCGGCGUACGAGCAGAAGGACUACUUGAAGAAGGUCGAACGUGCUAGGGUGCAGAGCGACAAGAUGGAGAGGAGGAAGAGGAAGGCCGAGAAGUUGGGGACCGAAGUGGAUGAUCUGUCGGGGAUGGAGAAGAGCAGAACGUUCAAGCAGAGGAAGGUGGUGCAGAAGGAUGUUCGUGAUCAGGCAUAG